UGGCCGUUAGAUUUCCUCUGGUGCACCGACCAAGACUGGACGACGGACAUCAUGCCGUCUGACUCCGCCAUUGAAUCCGCUCUCAAGAGAGACGACGAGCUGCUGAAGAUUCAUGCGGAGUUCGUUCCAGUGAUGCUCAGCCAUGAGGAGUUCUGGAAGCGAUACUUCAGGACAGUUGACGCCAUUGAACGCUACCCAGGAUGGACCUCCGAGCAAAUGGAGCGGCAGAUAAAAUCAGCGAGUCAGGCGCUGCAAUACGCAUCGAAGAGGCACAACGUCUUGGACAAUGUCUCCAUCAGCGCGCCGAGUGCUUUCCUCCUGCGAAACCUGGCAAUCGCCGUCCGUGAUGCGGAACCGUACACAACCGUGAAGGAGCUCGCGGACAGUAUCUAUUCUCCCUCUGGCGUGUUGUUCCGUGCUGUUGAGAAGACCCUAAGCGGCUCCUCGUGGCUGCCUGUUGCUACCACACCGGAAACACCCCCUAUAGAAGCUUCACUAUCGGAUUGCUCAAACGAGGACGCGGUUCGGAUUCUCUUCAAAUCAG